AUCGUUGAUCUUUACCAUUCAGCUCCCACUCCCACACCCUCUAAUGGCGGACGAUUUCAUCAUGGAACAUCGCAAGGAGUCGUUAAUUUCUCCGAUCACUGGUCUCCCCUCUCACAGACUCGCUCAUUUUCUCAAACCCUCAGUGGCCUCACCGGAAGCCUCGGCCGCCGCCCCUUCUCUGGUUCCAUCUACCACCGGAGCGGAAAAAUCGCCUCUGAAGUCCACUUUCGUCGGGUGGAAAAUCACGCCGAAGAAGUGGAAGAAAUGGGUGGAGGACAUGAGCUCCUCGCAUCGAUCAACGUGGGAGAGCGCGGGGAUUCUCGACGCUAUAAUGAGCUCCACAAUCACCAUACACCGAAGCAAGGAUCUCCUCUUCGGUUUCCUUGAAAAAUGGUGCGACACAACCAACUCCUUCGUUUUCCCCUGGGGAGAAGCUACUCUGACGCUCGAGGACAUGGCGGUGCUCGGUGGAUACUCUGUGUUUGGGGAGAGGGCUCUGAGCGCUUCCGAAAGGGGCGAAGUAGGGGAAAUCGAGAAGAAAUUGCGCAAAGCGCGGUCGGUGAUUUCUAGAUGCAAGUCGAAGAAGCCUAUGGUGGGGCCAUGGAUGGAGAAAUUCAUGGGGAGCCAGAGCGAAAUCGAACACGAAGCAUUUCUCGUGUAUUGGCUUUCGAGAUUCGUCUUCCCCAUAGCUUCAGGCACCGUUAAUGGAGAUGUGCUGUCCAUCGCCGUUCGCUUGGGUCGAGGGGCUAAAAUAGCUCUCGCGCCGGCGGUUCUCGCCGGAAUCUACAGGUCCUUGAGCUUGCUGAAAGCCGGCGUCAAUUUUUCUCGAAAACCAGAGGCGAAAAAUGGCGACGCUGUUAAUAUUGCAGUUUCGGCUCCAUUGGCGCUUGUCCAGAUCUGGAUUUGGGAGAGAUUCCCCACUCUAAGCCCGACGCCGGUUGGGCUGAACAAGCCGAGAAUGUGUCGAUGGGGUGGUUUGAAGAAAGUGAAAACUGAGAAUUUAUUGUCCGCCAUAGAUGCAGCUGGAGCAGAGUUUGUGUGGCGUCCGUACAAGGGAAAUGGCUUCCCUGAGAAGCUCUACCAGGAUUGUGGAUAUUGGGCUGUUGUUGAUUCAGACGUAGAUGAAGAUGAAGAUUUAGAAGGUUUUAUCCGCUGCUUGAGGGCCAGCGAGCUCGUCGGACUCAGCUCCGACCCAAAUUCGAUAAAGCAGUAUCUGCCACACCGCGUGGCGAUGCAAUUUGGACUCGAUCAGGACAUCCCGGGGCAUGUCCCCCGAGUAAAUGUCAACGUAAACAUUGCAUGGGCCGAUUUCACUCGACCGGUUAAAGACUCCGAGGUUUAUAUACCCGGGAACCUAUCCGUGCCACAAUGCACCAUUCGCUACGCGGAUUGGUGGAAAAAACUGCAUCGGGGAUUGAAAAAGGACCAUGUAAAUGAUGCCUUGGAGGGUCAGAAUGUACAGGAAACCAAGAACGUAACUGUCGUCGGUGUAAAAUUUGAGGAUGACGACUUUCCUCCGCCGCCAGGAUUCCCACCGAAGGGGAAGGGAAUCGUCUUUAAGCAAAGCCCUGCUUUAUCUUCGCCAGGGGCUGCUCGAUCCCCCAAGUCGGGCUUGAGUGGUAUCUCCAAGGGCGUGAAAAGGAAGAUUCUUGACGGAUCCAAUGCAAAGAUUGUGGAUUAUUACACCCCGGUUUCUCCCGGUGGCUCUGCUUUGAAGAAGCGGAAUGAGUCUAAAGGGCCCCAUUCGAGCAUGACUGAAUCGGAAAAAGCUUCUGACCAAGUGUCCGGAAACUGCAGCCACCGCCGGGACGAUGAAAUGCACAAGAAGGACCACUCAUCUUUCAGAGAUGAGGAUGUGGCUGAGCCUGGUGCAUCGACAAGAGUAGACGCCGGAGAAGAAGCAGGGGAUGUGAGGAAGAUGAAGAUGAUGGAUGGCAAUUGCCCGAGUCCGGUGGAGAGCAGCAGCACGGCUGACACCGGAUUGGUGGAGCGAUUGGAACAGCGGAUUGGGCGGCUGGAAAGGCUGGUGGCUUCGCUGAAGUCGGAGAAGAGAAGUGAUCUGCCUGUGCCGAAGUAAUGUUAAUGUAACAAUAGGAAGGAAUUGCAGGUAAACUUGUUUAUGAAUUUGCAAGUUACGGUCAGAGAUUGGUCGGAUGUAGAAAAUGUGUAUCCCCGGUUAGUCCAGUCUUGGAUUCUUCGGUUUUCUGGUAACUCGGAUGCAACUUUAAUGUAGUAUGCAAUGAUUUUAGGAAGAAGAUCCAUAUCCAUUGCAAAGACAAUAGGAUAAGUGGAUAAGAAAUGACAUGGACAUGGUAGAUGAAAAAUGAAAGAAAAUGUUUUGUUCUUGGGAUGAAUCUGCCUGCUCCUCCCGGCUGCCUUCUUCCCCUUUUUGGAACUCUAUUUAAGUUUAAGUUAGAUUUAUUAUUUUUGUGA